GAGAGAGAGAGAGAGAGAGAGACAGAGCUAGCAGGAGAAGGAGAGGGAGAGAGGGGGGAUGGAAGGAGCUGUAUGGGGCCGUGAUACUCUCUCCUCCUGGAUGCUGCUUUCCUCUUUAUGGCUUUGUCCCUCUCUUUGUGCGGUCACCCUGUGUCCCCAGGAGCAGGCAGCGUUACGCCGACCAGCACUCAGCGACUGAGCCGGGGAUGAAUCAGCCCCAACAAAGAGCCUUUGAGAUGGGAAUGUGUGCGUCUGCCUGGAGGGAGGAUCGCAUCAGGCUUUCCCAGGCAAGCGGCAGCCUGCAGUGUGCGCUCGCUUGACAAACCAGCCCUCCUCCUCCUCCUCCUCCUCCUACUCCUCUUCCUCUUCCUCCUCGUCGUUGUGUGCAUGACAGAGGGAGAGAGAGCGUGAAUGUCCGUGUGUGAGUGCAUGCGUGUGUGAAUGUGAGUGAGCUUUUUUGUGUGAUAGUGUAUGUGAGCGUGAGUGUGUGUGCGCGCACUGUGGCUUCCUAUCCAUCCAGGAGGAGAGAGGCUCUCCUCUUCACCAGACGGCAAAGGAACAUUUUGAAGCAGGCAAGCUGUCGCCCUCUUGGACCUGAGGAUGUUUCGAAAGAAGAAAAAGAAGAGGCCUGAAAUAUCAGCGCCCAAGAACUUUGAGCACCGCGUCCACACUUCAUUCGACGCCAAGCGGGGCUGCUUUGUGGGCCUGCCGACCCAAUGGCAAAGCUUGAUAGAAAACCUGCGCAGGCCCAGGCCCAUGGUGGACCCUUCCAGGAUCACAGAGGUGGAGCUGAGGCCAAAGAAGACCAUUGUGCGUGGGAGCAUGAUCGGUCACGGGGACUACAUCGCAGCCAUGAUCAACGAUAUGAGCCGUCUGUCUGUGACCAGCUCCAACUCUUUGAGGAAGAGCAGCCCCUCGGCCAGGAAGAGGGCCCAGUCCCUCGGACGACUGGGGGAGGUGAAUGAGGGAGAUCCUUACCAGUACGAGGGCCUGACCCAGGAUGAUGAUGAGGACGACGAUGCGUGUGACGACCCCUGGAGGGAAAGAGCCAGGAACAUCCACAGUGAGACCAACACUCCUUACCUGGGCAUGAAAAAGAGCAUUACUCUUCAACCCAAUGGGAUCCUACCAAAGGCCAAGUCCACAUACGAAGUGAGCGUCAGCUCGGUGGAGGGAUUCUCGCAUCCAGCUCAGUCACAGAACAUCCCGAUGCUGAGUCAAGGGGCUUACAUGAGUGGAGAGGUGGGCAGCCCUCAAGAGAGAGUGAUAUGGAAGAGAGACUUCCAGCUGCCCAGGGGAAUGCCACCUAGUCAGAGACCUAUAGCUUGUUUUUACAGCCCUGCUAUGACUGUUCAGCCGCCCCAUGGAGACCAAGGGAUGGUCACCACGGAGCUCCGGCCAAACCCUCCUAUGUACAUGCACCCUCAGAACAGCCCAGGGAGGCCAUUUUCCUCCUAUGACCUAAAAGCAGAGUCAGCAGUGAGGUACCACUCAGGCUUCCUCCCCACUGGAAACAGCAGUCCUCUUGUCGGCGGCAUUAGACCCCAGCGGGCUGUUCGCUCAUCGGCUAGCUACACGCUGGGCCUUUCUCCUAACAUUGGACUGAGGCCAAAUGGACCUGAGCCCUUCCUCAGACACUCUGGAUGCCCCAACCCUCCUUACCCCCACCAAGACAGCCCCUCACAACCCCGACCCUCCCCAACAGGUUCACUAGCCACCAGUCCUCCAGGAACCUGCUCCCCUGCCUUCAGACCUCCACAACAUCCUUCACCAAGACCUCCACCAGACCCACCCAAGGUGACCCACGAGCAGUUUAAGGCGGCCCUGCAGAUGGUUGUAGACAAAGGGGAUCCUCGGUCAUACCUGGAGAAUUUUGUGAAGAUUGGGGAGGGCUCGACAGGUGUGGUGUGUAUCGCUACAGAGAAGCACAGUGGCCGGCAGGUAGCAGUGAAGAUGAUGGACUUGAGGCGACAGCAGAGGAGAGAAUUGCUCUUUAAUGAGGUGGUCAUCAUGAGGGACUAUCAGCACAGGAACGUGGUGGAGAUGUUUAAGUCAGCCCUGGUGGAGGAGGAGCUGUGGGUUAUCAUGGAGUACCUGCAGGGAGGAGCACUGACCAACAUAGUGUCUGAAACCAGGCUGAGUGAAGAGCAGAUUGCCACAGUCUGUGAAGCUGUUCUCCAGGCCCUGGCCUAUCUUCAUUCACAGGGAGUCAUCCACAGAGACAUCAAGAGUGACUCCAUAUUACUCACAUUAGAUGGAAGGGUGAAGCUUUCAGAUUUUGGCUUCUGUGCUCAGAUCAGCAAGGACAUCCCAAAGAGGAAGUCCUUAGUGGGGACACCUUAUUGGAUGGCUCCUGAGGUCAUCUCCAAAUCACCAUAUGGCACUGAGGUGGAUGUUUGGUCGAUGGGUAUCAUGGUGGUGGAGAUGGUGGAUGGAGAGCCCCCGUACUUCAGUGAAACACCUGUAGCAGCCAUGAAGAGACUGAGGGAUGAGCCAGCUCCAACUGUACGAAAUGUCACCCAGAUCUCCCCAGUUCUUAAAGACUUCCUGGAUCGUAUGCUGACUCGGGACCCUCUUGACCGGGCUAGCGCCACUGACCUGCUGGAGCACCCAUUUCUGCUGCAGAGCGGCUCACCUCAGUGUCUUGUCCCACUGGUGGAGCAGUACCGCAAGCGCAUGUCCCGUUGCUGACCCUCUGGGGGCUUUGUCUCACCAACACCUACUUUCAGUCUGACCUGCCCAGGCCUCUGAACCAGAACCAGCACCUGGGCCAAACUCCUCUAGCACCCAAGGAAACGGGGUGAUCAGCACCAGAGAAGCAGACCCAGACAUCAUGUUGCUGUUGGAGUGAUGAUGGCAGGACAGCAAGUUUGGUUAACACGCAGCGCAGCCGCAUGGUCUCGGGCAUGAGAGAAGCACUUUAGGAGUGAGUUAAAGGCAGCAUGCAGUUCCUCACAUCUUAACUCGGUUUGAUCCGAAUAUCAAUAAGCUUCCUGUUACAUACAGUGUGAUUCAACACAACACAGAAUGGUGCAAAUCCACUGAAAAUCAAUAUUCCACAUAACUACAUGCACUACUCAAGUACUCAUGUAGAAGUAGUUUUCAUAGUGGCCAUUUUUCUAGCCAUUUGGAAGCAUAUACAGCUGUUGUUAGGACGAACCACAGUAGCUCAUUGUGACAUUAUGAUGGAAGGAUAAAGUUACCUCUGCACACCCACAGUCCCUGCUGUGGAAAUUGGACAACACCCUGGUCAGCACACUCCACAAACACUGACAGUCCACCCUUUGCAUGGCCAAAUGGAGGCACACCUGGCCUGAUGUGAAUGCUUGAAUAUGAACCAAACUGGGAUGUGAAAGACAAUUCUCCUUUAUUAGCAUAAUAAAUGGGUAGAUGAAAGCCCAGCUGCUACUAUUGGGCUAUUGGAAAAUCUCCAGUAGAAUAUUCCUCUUUUUCAUAUUUAUUCUUUAUUUCCUAAAGGUGUUGUUGUCGGUUGUUUAUAUGAUGUGAAGUUGCAAAUAAGGUUUCAUUAUCAUGUAUGGACUUGAAACAUACACACAGAUAAAUUAAUAAUGUAAAUAAAAUAGUGAAUAUUAGGUCUUAUUCCUGCUGAUUUACUGCAGGAAAUUAGAGAUGAAUGGAAAAUUUUACUUUUCUUAACUAAAAUGUGAGUGUAGUCUGAUACAGCCCCUCUUUGUAUUGUGACAGACUUUUUAAGAACCACAAGGUGUGUGUGUGUGUGUGUGUGUGUGUGUGUGUGCAAGCAUCCUGCGUGUGUGUAUGUGUAUGUGUGUGUGUGUGUGUGUGUGUGCGUGUGUGUGUGUGUGUGUAUGUAGUUGCAUUUGUUUGCCUAGAGAAAGCACACAGGCCUGGCAUGUGAUGCUGCAGGACGUCCACCUGCUGAAAAACACUUUGCACAUAGUCUUUGUAUUCUGACACAGAUACAUGCUGACAUGUUUCAUGUAUUUCUAUCUCUGUGUGGAUCAUUCAUGGAAAAGAGAAUUACACAUUUUAAUUUUGUAUAAAUCAAUAAAUGAUGCAUAAUAAAUUGGAUUUUUUCUGAU